AUGGCACUCCCAACCCCGGUGGUAGCCGGCAUUGCGGCCGGCGCCGCAGCACUGCUGCUGGUCGCCGCCCUCGCCGUGGCGUGCUUGCUGGUGCUGGCUGCAGCGCAGUGGGGCCGGUGCGGCCGGACCUCGUCGGCGCCGGAGUUCCACGGCGCCAGGCAGUUCUCGCUGGAGGAGCUGGCGCACGCCACCCACAACUUCGCCGAGGCCAACCUGGUGGGCGCCGGCGGCUUCGGCCUGGUGUACAAGGGCCUGCUGCUCGACGGCACCGUCGUCGCCAUCAAGCGCCGCGCCGGCGCGCCGCGGCAGGACUUCGCCGACGAGAUUAGGAGGCUGUCAGAGAUCUGGCACCGCAACGUCGUGACGCUGAUCGGCUAUUGCCAAGAAGGGGGUCUACAGAUGCUGGUGUCCGAGUACCUGCCCAACGGCAGUAUCAGCGGCCACUUGUACGACACCGGCAAGGAGUCCAUGACAAGGCUGGAGUUCAAGCAGAGGCUGUCAAUUGCCAUUGGAGCAGCUAAAGGUCUGAAUCACCUGCACAGCCUAGCGCCGCCGUUGAUCCACAGGGACUUCAAGACGAGCAACGUCCUCGUCGACGAGAACUUCAUCACCAAGGUGUCCGACGCCGGGAUCGACAGGCUGCUGCGAGGGUUCGAUGGCGCCGCCGCUCCGGCGGCGAAGAGCGGUGUCUUCCAAGACCCAGAGGUACAUUCACUGGCGCAGCUUUCUGAAAGCAGCGACGUGUACAGCUUUGGGGUGUUCCUUCUGGAGCUGAUCAACCGGCAGGGAAGCAGCGGGGUUGGUUCCGCCGGAAUCCAAGGAUACUUUCGCUCAAUUGAUGGAGGCGCGUUUCAGCUCGAACGAGCUGGUCGACCCGAGGCUGGGAGGGAGCUUCACCUCGGAGGGCAUGGCGGAGGUGGUGGGCCUAGCGUUCCACUGCCUGAGCCCGUCGGCGAGGCGGCGGCCCAGGAUGCGGCUGGUGGCGGCGGAGCUGGACCGGAUCCUGGAGAAGGAGAUGACCCUCACCACCGUCAUGGGCGACGGCACCGCCAUCGUCACGCUCGGCAGCCAGCUCUUCACGUCCUGAUCGAUCGGGACCCGCUGGCAUCAUCAACCCAAGGAGCAAGCAUGGUCGCUGCCGCCCCUAACGCCGCCGACAUGGCCUUGCCGGAGACCCCAGGCCCGUAG